GGCCCAUUAUUAAGCGGGUAGGGUUAGAUGGCGUUAGGAUGAGCUUCUUCUUGCUCUCCCCCCCGCCAGUUCACGUCGGGCGUUACACGCGCGGGUCGAGUUCGAUUAACCCAUAUUAAUUAGCAAUGGGUAAUGAGAAACUGAUAAGUCGGUGUCUACUUAUCGUAGUUCCCCCCCCUCCCCUCCUUGCUUACCACACCCUGCCAGCGUUCCCUCCUUUCCCCUACACACUACAUAUCUCUGCACCACACACACACACACACACACACACACACACACACACACCCCGUAGUAGCCUACGUACACCCUCAGGCUUCUACUUACGACCAUUACAACCUCCAUUGACAUUGCUCCUGGUUGAGCCAAGCCGCGCUACCUAUAUCUCUGUGCUACAUUGGGGGUACGUCGUGGGCGCUUCCCGUAACCGACGGACAGGCGCAUAUUAUCGGCUGCUGUCCGCCCGUAUAGAUAUAACAAUCGAGGCACCGGGUAUAUUACGUACAACCCCGCGCACGCACAUAUAACAUCGCACACACCCGAGAUUGCGAGGUGUUUCGAAGAAAAAGAAGGUGGGAAAGAAAAACACAGAAGCCCCUACACCAACCCCCCCCCCCCCCCCCCCCGGACCUAUUAUGGGGAGUG